UGGAAAUAACAACAGGUCAACAUGGUUAAGUACACAUAUAUACGCAGUAGCUCACGGCUACUUGUUAUAGGAACUCCAAACUAGAGACAGCUUUCAGCCGUAAGGCAGAGUUGUUCUUUUGAAUAAUAUAAACUCGACGAGGUUAUCUUCGACAGAGAAAGUGACUUGUGAUCUUCUAGCUGAGACAGCAGGCAAAGUCCACUAUCUCAAAGACGAACAGCCAGGCCUGUCACCGGCACUAUGUUCCCGUUGGACUCGCCGUGGAACAUCUCCUUCGCUGGUUGCGGCUUCCUGGGAAUCUACCACAUCGGAGUGGCCAGCUGUUUGGUGGAGCGGGCUCCUUUCUUGGUGCAAAACGCAAAGCACAUCUACGGGGCAUCAGCUGGAGCUCUCACUGCCACUGCUCUGGUCACUGGAGUAUGUCUUGGAGAUGCAGGUGCAAGCAUCAUCGAAGUGGCCAAAGAGGCCAGGAAGCGAUUCCUGGGACCCAUGCAUCCUUCCUUCAAUCUGGUGAAGAUCGUUCGCCACAUGUUGAGGCGCACUCUGCCCGCGGACUGCAUCGACCUGGCCAACGGCCGGCUGGGAAUCUCCCUCACCCGGGUCUCAGAUGGAGAAAACGUUUUGGUGUCUCUCUUUAACAGCAAGGAGGAGCUGGUACAGGCAUGUGUCUGCAGUGCCUUCAUUCCAGUUUAUUGUGGCCUCAUCCCUCCAACACUUCAAGGGGUGCGAUAUGUUGACGGAGGAAUCUCAGACAACUUGCCUCAGUAUGAGCUAAAGAACACCAUCACAGUGUCCCCAUUCUCUGGAGAGAGUGACAUCUGUCCCACAGACACAUCCACCAACAUCCACGAGGUUCGCUUCACAAACACGAGCAUCCAGUUCACCCUCACCAACCUCUACAGAGUGUCCAGGGCACUGUUCCCUCCGGAUCCAAUGGUUAUGAAGGCCAUGUGUAAACAGGGAUAUAAAGAUGCUCUGCACUUUUUAGAGAAGAACGGGUUGCUUAAUAUGAAUGGACCUCUAAGAGACAGGCCCCGGCUAGCCAAUGAGGAAGAAAGUGAGGCUGGUGAUGAAGAGGAGUGUGAAAAUAGCGAAUCCGAAGACAAGUUGCAGGCGAAAGAGAAAGCAGUGAUUACUUAUGAAAGCCCCACCUUUGAUGAGCACAUCAUCGAGUACCUUCCACCUACCUUACACAAAGCUCUACUUGAGGCCUGCAUGGAGAGGAGGAGCCUGGCGCAGUCACUAGGCAACCUGCUCCCCUUCAGGAUGGCCUCAGCCAUGAUGCUGCCCUACACACUCCCACUGGAGAGUGCUUUGUCCUUGAGUGUCAGACUUCUGGAGUGGCUGCCAGAUAUACAGGAAGAUGUGGGAUGGAUUCGGGAGCAGAGUAUUAAAAUCCUGCAUCGUAUUCUGAACCAUGCCUCCAGAAACUUUUCCCAACGUGUAUCUGCCAGAUUAUUCUGUAAGGUCGAGCUGCACAACUACCAGUCCCUCCCAUCCAGGGCCAGCUCCACCAGCCUGUUUCCCAACUGGGUGAACGGCAGUGGCUCCAAAGUGCAGGACGUUAUUGUGCGUCUCGACCAGUACAAGAAGCAGCUUUUGUCUGGAGUUCUCUGUAUCAACAUGGACCUGCAGGGUUCCUUCAAAACGGGAUGCGCAUCACCAGAUAACAGUCGUAUGUCCAGCCUUCCCCAACAAGACUUCAAUGUGCCCAAAGGUUUUCUUACCGAUCCAAGAGCUGGCAAAUCUGGUCAAACAUUGACCAGAUCGAAGAGUUUUUGGUAGGCUUCUGCAGCAAGCAUAUUUAAACAAUGUCUUAACUGGCAGAUUUAAACCUGGCACUGUUUUCUCCCCUCAUGUGGAGAUAUUUCCAACAGUUUUCAGAUGUGCAUUUUCACUUUUCACAUGUAGUCAGUCAUGCCCAAACUUGAAUCACAGGAUGUUACAAAGAGAAAUGUACACUUGAAGUUGCAUGGUGAAAAGAGACAAGUGUUUGUAGGUUUAUUGGUAUGCGGUCAGACUGUGAGUGUAGCAGCUUUUUCCUGCUUCAAGUCACCUCUGGCAGACAGGAAGCACAAGAAAGGACAGAAAACAAGGGAGGUGGUUUGCCACAAGAAGUUACUCCAUUUCAGUUAUGCAAAUGUCAAUGCACUAUAGUAAAGAAAUGUAUUUUAUUACUGGGUACAAAUGAACACAUGUGUAGUAAGAAAUUAUUUGUAAAAAGAAAUACUUGUGCCAAUUCUACAGUGUUAUUUUUUCGAUUCACGGGAAUCUUUGAUCUCAUGUAAAAUUGCUUUUUAAUUUAUGUGGUUUCAAAUGUCUGCUGAAAAAUAAUUUUUUAAAUGUUGUUGAUUUUACAUCUAAUGCAAAUCAUAUUAGUAAAUAAAGUUCUAUCUGAGAUGCACUUUUUUCUGCACUUUUUCUGCUAAUGCCUCAAUGUUUAAAUAGUUUUUCUUGUACAAAGUACUACCUUUUAAUUUUGUGUCUCCUGUAGUACCUAUAUUAUACUUGUAAUUUUUUCCAAGAGAAUGUUAGGUGGUCAGAAAGGUGUCAAAACUUUUAAGCAGUGAUUUGAAAAAUAUUGUUGAUGUGAAAUUACAGUCAGUCUCAUGUUAACCGGGAAGAAGAAGUGAACAGUUGUACACUUUGGAGAGAAAGUGCAAUGAGAGAACAUUCUACAUGGUUAAAUUGUGAGUGCAUUGAUAAUAUUCAGAUAAUGUUGUUUUACUGUAUGUACUGUGGGACUGUAACUGACUUUCUGACAUUAACAGAGUGUAAUAAAGAUAUAAAAUGUGGGACCAUCCAUUCAUCCACAUAUACAU